CACAAACAUGGCGGCGGCGGCGGCGCCGGCGUGAAUCCCGGCGCCGGACGGACCCAGGUGACAGAGCCGCUCUCACUUCCCCCGCCGGCGUCCGGGAGCCCGGGAGGAGGCAACGGGGGUAAAGUGACUUGCCCACGGUCACACAGCUAGAGUUUUUUAUGUGAUAAAGAGGCAGUCCCUGGUCUUCUGUCCCAAGGAAGAGCACUGAAGGAGAGGACAACUAUGGGGAAGACAGUAAAUAAAGAUUCAAAGAAUAUUAAGAAGGAAAAGCAAGGAAAAAACUACUCAAACAAUCUUCCUGUGCAGAAUGAACAUUUUAACUGGGACAGUUACUUGAGAGAGACUGGAUCUUUAGCUGCUCCAUCACAGUGUUUCAGACAGUCCAAGAUUCCACCUACUAAUGACUUCAAAGUUGGCAUGAAAUUAGAAGCACGUGACCCACGAAAUGUCACUUCUGUCUGUAUUGCCACAGUCAUUGGAAUUACUGGUGCCAGAUUGCGAUUGCGACUGGAUGGUAGUGACAAUAAAAAUGACUUUUGGAGGCUUGUAGAUUCUUCAGACAUACAGCCUAUUGGAACUUGUGAAAAGAAAGGAGGCAUGCUUCAGCCUCCUCUGGGAUUUCAGAUGAAUGCAUCGUCUUGGCCAAUGUUCCUCUUAAGAACAUUAAAUGGAGCUGAAAUGGCACCUGCAACAUUCUUUAAGAAGGAACCUCCAAAACCAGCCCCAAAUCUUUUAAAGAUUGGAAUGAAGCUUGAAGCAAUAGACAAAAAGAAUCCUUAUUUGAUCUGUCCAGCAACAGUUGGAGAUGUUAAAGGAGAUGAAGUUUUUAUUACAUUUGAUGGCUGGAGAGGAGCAUUUGAUUAUUGGUGCAAGUAUGAUUCUCGAGAUAUCUUCCCAGUUGGGUGGUGUGGCUUAACAGGAGAUGCAUUGCAACCACCAGGAAAUAAUGUUUCCAUUACAAAGAGUAGUGCAAAAACACAAUCUUCCCCUUCCAAAGUGACCCGGCGUUCAAUGCAGUCUCCACAGAAAACUGCUCCAAUACCAGCACAGCGGGGCAAGAAACCAGGUCGGGCUAAACCACCUGGACAGACUUCAGUCCCCAAGAAGGGCAGGUCUCCUAAAAAUGUUUCCCUGACAAAAAACAUCUCUCACACUGAAAAUCUCAAAACAAGAAAAAAAGGCCUAAAACCAGGAAGAAAGAAAAAAAUUCAUGCAGUGCCAUGUUCUCCUGUAUCCACAACUCAUAUUAAUUUGCCCAAUUUAAACAAUAGUAAUCCAGUUAUUCUUAAAGAUGGAAUUGGUAUUCCUGGGACAACUGCUGCAGUUAUAUCUACAGUUUGUGUCUAUGUGAACAAACAUGGAAACUCUGGACCUCACCUGGAUAAGAAAAAAGUACAACUCCUUCCUGAUCACUUUGGACCAGGGCCUGUUAAUGUGGUGCUACGUCAGGCUGUUCAGGCUUGUGUAGAUUGUGCCCACCAAGUUAAAAUGGUUUUUGGAUUCCUUAAAUCAGGGCAUCAUGGAGGAGAAAUGAUAACUGCAUCCUUUGAUGGGGAAAAACAUGCCACCAACCUUCCUUCUGUGAACAGUGCAUCAUUUGUCCUUCGUUUUCUGGAGAAGCUUUGCCACAGUCUGCAGUGUGAUAACCUUUUUAGUAGCCAGCCUUUCAGUCCUUAUAUGGGAACUGCUCAUAGCCCUACAGAGUAUGAUAGGAAUAAACCAGCAAAAGAAGAAGUAUCAGAAAAUAGGAGCACUAAAAGAUAUUCUCAGGAUUCUCCACCUUAUGCUGCCCCUCUCUCCCCUAAGGUUCCUAGAACGGAAGUGCAUGCAUCUGAAGCAGAAAUAUUGCCAGCUGAAGAGAAUGGCAUGCCCAAAGAGCACAGAUUUUCUGAACAAUCCAUGGAUUCAUCAUUGAAUUCAGGAAACCCUUCAAGCCCUGCCUGUAGAAAUUCCACAAACUGUCGUACCUCAAUAAGUGCUACAUAUUAUAGAAAUUCUCUUCAAUCAGUAACUACUACCUCAAGCUCAGUGCCAGUCUUACACAAACUGUCAUUGAACCCUGCUGGGAACAAUUAUUAUGAAGGCAACAGGAGCCGAAUACAAAGGAGAAUUGAAGCUGCAAGUUCAACAACUGGACCAGAUCUCAGUGCACUAAAACGGGAACCUUCAAGAGGAUCCAAUAAAGAUCCCUCAAGUUGGUCUAUAGAUGAAGUGAUGCGAUUUGUGAAAGAAGCUGAUCCUCAGGCAUUAGCACCACAUGCAGAGCUCUUCAGGAGACAUGAAAUUGAUGGGAAAGCACUUCUCUUAUUGAGGAGUGACAUGAUAAUGAGAUAUAUGGGACUAAAGUUGGGACCAGCAUUAAAGCUCUGCUACCACAUUGAAAGACUCAAACAAGGAAAGUAUUAGCCAGUGAGAGACACGAGGAUCAUUGUAUUUUCUGGUUGGACUGAUUUCUCAGGUUUACAGAUACCAUUUUUAUUUAAAAGUAUUUUGCUAUUAUAUCUAUUUCUCAGUUUGCAGAAGAUUUCUCUUAAAUGUGAUAUUUCUACUAUUUUCAGGAAAUGAUUCUAUUGUAGCAUUUCAAAAUUCAUUCAAGGGGUGAGCAUUUAAGUGACUCUUGUUAGCAGUUACUUGGGAUUUAUUUUUUAGAAUACUUUGAUAACUAUAAUAGUUGAUACAGGAAAUGUACAAGUGUGCAUUAACUUUAACUGAUCUUCACAUUGAGAACCAAAAUAGCUGAAUCCCAAAGGAUUAAAAACAAAGCAAAACAAGAUUGCAGGGGUUUAUUAACUUUUAUAAUUGUGGCUACAAAAGUUUUACCAUAGAAUUUAAAGAUGCAGAUGUGAAUCUUACCUCUUUCUUGAUAAUCAUUUUUAAAGCUCCAAUGUUCAAUUUGGUUAUGCUUUUAAUGACUUUGAGAAAGGGAAUAAGCAUGUGAAUUGUGUUCUCUUUUAUUUGUUUUUUAAAGAGACAUAAGCUUUUUUUUUUUUGGAAAUAUGGUUAUUCUUGAGAGAAAUACAAUUGUCAUUUUAUUCAGGCAAUAUUUAAAUUACUUGGAAAGGUUUUCUUUUACCACUUUAAUAGUCAACUGUUCAGAGAUGAAAAGUCCAAAAUUCCUUAUAAGUGAUACACUUCCUGUUUUAAAACAUUCCAACUUUUUGCUAAGCUUGAGAAUGGAAAUAGGUAUUCAUCUCUUAUUCCCAUGUACACGAAUAUGUCUUAUCUGGUUUUAAAUAUAUAUAUAUGUAUAUAUAUAUUUUGCAUAUACUGUACCAUAUUUUUAUUUUAUCCAUCUAUCUGUAGGUACAUACAAGUAAAUAAUUUGUUUCUUAUGGUUUAAAAUGGAAUUCUGUACUACCACAGUGGUAAUAAUAAACUAUGUAGAUUUAUUUUUAUUAUUUAAAAAAAAAAGCUGCAUCAUUGCCGUCAUUAGCUACUCUCCACUUAGCUACCAAGGCUGUGAGAAACAUUCACAUUAAAGGAAAUUCCCUAUGCAAAAAUGAAUUCAUGUAACAUCCAAUUUCAAACCAUUUUUAUUUUGGAAUACACAUUUAUUAUACUAUCUGCCCCUCUUUUGGUUUUAAUUUAAAGAUUAUGUUUUUCAUAAAGAAGUGGUGCUAUGUGUAUACUCAUCUUUAUUGCUUUACAUAAAGUUUGGUGCUGUUUAUAUAAGCUAUGAUUUGUUUGCUGAAUAGUAUAAGCUGUUUGUUGUCACUGCCAAUUACAUUUACAUCAGGGACAAGAAAGUACAUUUUCUUUGUAGAAGACCAAAUGUACUGUGUGUACUAAAGCCUCUGUUUUCUGGGGAAAAUGUAAUCUUAAAGGAUAAUUUUUAUAAUUUUAUUACAUUUUUUUAUAAAAAGAUUUCUUGUCAAAAUUGGUAUUUUUGCAAAUUGCUUUUUUGAGAAUGCUUUGCUUUAGUUAAAAAAUCUUCAGGUUAUUGAAUGAAUAUUGCAAUAUCAUAUAGUUAAGAAACAGUGUUAGAUGUUCAAGCGUUCACAUUUUAAACAACUGCCAUGUGAUUUUAAUUUAGCCAGUAAUUUUUGGAGAAUUGUUUUUACUAUAGUUGCACCAUUUGAAUUAUAUUGCAUCAACCAACCUGUAAAUUGUACAGUAUAUAUUUGAUCAGAGACAUAAAAUAUUUUUUAAAGUAUAGUAUAUUUUUCUGUUUAGAAAAUUUGUUAAUUGUUAUCAAAACUUAAGGCAUUGUUUAUUUGUGCAUAUCACAUUGCAUUAAUGUAUGAAUUUAUUUUAGAUAUUAGUAAAAUAAGUACCCCCACUAAAAUAGUUAUAUUUCUGCAUUUUCCAUAGAAUUGGUUUUUUAAAAAUUAGGAUUAUACUUUAGGUAAAUAGGUAAUUUCCCUGGGAGCAAAGUGUUUAAUUACUCUUUGGAGGUAUAUGAACUCAGACACCAGGGUACCAUUUAGCAAAUUACAUGGUUUGUCUUCAUUCUCAAAAGUGGUGCCAUUGGCAACGUUGCCAUCCAUCUCUGCAGGUGGAAUUGAAAAGUCUAAAAUAUCAAAAAUCAUUUCAUAUAGGGAUUUUAUACUGCUUUGCAACUGUAACUUUUCCAUUGAAGUUUCAUCACCUGGUACACUUGGUAACAUUUACCCACCUACAAGAUAGAUCUAUAAGAUAGUCUCAUGAUGAACAGAGAGGAUUAUGGUUUAUAUGUGACUAAACUCAAUUUCCAUAGUGACUUCAUCUUCUCCCAUAUGUUUUAGCUCAAAGUUAAUUUCUUCGUUAUUAGUUUGCUGCAUGUAGUCUAACUAAAAGUUUCUUGCCAUCAAUUCUUUUAUCAAGUUGCUUGAAGUUUUACUUUACAUUGCCCUUCAAGGUGUUGCUUUUGCCUGUCUUGCUUGAUUGUCAUCAGCUAUCAAAUAUUCACCCUUGUUAGCUUUUCAGAUCACUAGCUAAAAUUUCCAGAUUUCUUGAUCAAAAUUAUUUUAGUAUAUCAUUUUUCAUUGUGCUCUUAGACAUAAGAAUCUGAUAGCUUUUUGAUCUUACCAAAGAAUUUCUUUGGCCAUAUGUAAGAUUUCUUUUUAUGAGGUUUUAGGUGGGUCAUAAGGUUUGCCUCUUCAUUAAUCAUAAUCUCAUUUUGUUACUUAUGAUAUCAGGAGGGACAGAAUAUCAUAUUUUAAAAAAAUUUUAAGAGAAUUUUGCAAAUAUCUUACAGAUUAGAAAAAUUUCUAGGAGAAUGAUAAGUUAACAUUAGCUUCUGUAUUUCUUGUUAAAUCUCAAUUUUAGCUUUUUAAAGUGGGUUGACUAAAAGUGUACCUGUACCAGGUGAUUAAUGUUGGAGAACUGGUCAGAAAUCUAUUGAAAAUGGUACCAUAGUGAUUGGAAAGAGUUAAUUCACAUCAACAAAAUAAGCAGUUUACUUCUUCCAAGAAGGACCAAGGUCAUUAUGUUAUUGUAUAAAUAAAUACUUUCCUAGGAAAUUUGCAUUUAUUUUCUUGUUUCUUCAGACUGUUUGUCAAAGCCUUUUGUUUAUGAAUGCAGGUAUAAAUCACUUUUGCUUAUUCCAUUACCAUUAUUUCACACUGUAUUAUAGCAUGACAUCUAAGUAUAAAAGAAUAUAUUUUAAAUGUAUUUUCA